CUCUCUUCUCUCUUUUCUCUUCUCUUCCCUUUCCUUCUCGUUCUUCCCCUUCUCUCUCGUUCUUCUUUUUCUUUUUCUUUGGUAAUGGUAAUGGCGUGAGACUAGUAAUAAUGAUAAGAGACUAGAGCUUUUAGGACUAGUAAUGGCCUAGAUUUGGUGUGCUGGUGCGACAAGGGAAGACACGGAGCUUGUUGGUGCCUUGUGUGAUGGAGAAGGAGCAAAUCUGGUGUGCUAGUGCGACGGGGGAGGCCAUUUUCGUCCAAACCAAAUAUGGUUGUCUUUUUUUUUUUAUUAAUUUUCAAUUCAUCGUUUUAGAGCUUAACUGUGAGAUUGUGUUUGAAUUUGACGUUUUAGAGCUUGAUUGUGAGUUUUUGUUUGUUAAGAUUUUGGGUUGAGCAAUGAGAAGACGAGGGAAGUGCGAUGAGUUUUUGGUUUUAUGGGAUUAGGCUUGAAAUGUAAUUAAGUUUAAUAUUUAUAUUUUUUUUUGAGAAAUUUUUAAUUUUAGGAUUUUAAUAAUUAAAUAUAUUGAUUUUUUAUUUUACUUGAGUUUUUUUUAAUUUUACUAAUUUGUAAAACUAUGGGUAUUUUAGACGUAUGUAAUGAAAAUUUGACUAAAAUUGAACUUAUAUAUUAUUUUGUUUCAUUUUAUAAGACAUAAAGUCCGAAUUAAUAAAACAUGGAAUAGGAUUGGUAACUUUUUCAACAACAAAGAUUAGAAAAGAAGUGUUUACCCUAAUAAUAGUUGUAUUCUCCUUGCGAGGAGUCCUCUAAGUUUUAGCCUAUAGAACAAGUAUAUAUCUUAGUUUUUAGUGAUCUUUUCACAACUCCAAACUUUUUAUAUUAAAAGAGUUAUUAACCGAUUUUCAUAUAUCUGAAUGACUAAUUAAAACCUUUUAAAAAAAUGGAUUAAUAAAAAAUAUGAAAGAAAAAAAUGGUUAAAUAUUUACUUUUGUUUUUAGUAAAAUUUGAGUAGAGUAAAAGAGGUGAUUGGUGAGAGAGAGAGAGAGAGAGAGAGAGGGGAGCCAACCCCACACAAAAGGUGGUGGGAAAAAAGUUCUUUUUGUACACACUGCGAUGAUGGCCAUGAUGAUGCCUGCAAUCUCCAACAGCAGCAGCAACACCAAUACCCAGCACCACCCAACAAAAAUCUCUUCUUCUCUUCUUCUCUUCUAUACCCUCUUAACCAUGGCUAAUCUCUCUCUCUUUUCACUUCUCUUUACCUUACUCAACUACUUUUAUGGCCACUGCCCAUAAAAGCUUGCAACUUGAUACACCUAUGGCCACCAAGUGCGGUUGCUGGUCUGUCCUUAGACGCAGCGUUACAGGUGCCUGCAACUCUUCUACUUCUAAAGACUCUCCUAACACUAUCCCUCGUACUAGCCUUGUUUACGACGCAGCCACUGAGACACGUUAUCUAAACGCAAGCAACCGAGAGCUAUGCCCCCCUAAUGAAGCUCAUCUAUCGUCUGAUAACCCCAAUCCACCACCCUCAGACGAGAAAUACAAUUGCCAGCUGCUCCAAUUCUCUUUCCAAGAGCUAAAAUCCGCAACCGGGAACUUUAGGCCUGAUAGCAUACUUGGUGAAGGUGGAUUUGGAUUUGUCUUUAAAGGAUGGAUAGAGGAAAAUGGGACAGCUCCGGCGAAACCCGGCUCAGGAGUUACAGUAGCUGUUAAGAGCUUAAAGCCAGAUGGUCUACAGGGUCACAGAGAAUGGGUGGCCGAAGUUGACUUCCUUGGACAGCUUCACCAUCCUAAUCUGGUUAAGCUUAUUGGGUAUUGCAUUGAAGAUGAUCAACGGCUGCUUGUUUAUGAGUUCAUGACUCGUGGGAGUCUUGAAAAUCAUCUUUUUAGAAGAAAUAUACCUCUUCCAUGGUCCAAUAGGAUUAAAAUUGCACUUGGAGCAGCAAAAGGAUUGGCCUUCCUCCACAAUGGUCCAGAACCAGUCAUUUAUAGAGAUUUUAAGACAUCCAACAUCUUGCUGGACUCAGAAUACAAUGCAAAGCUUUCAGAUUUUGGUUUGGCUAAAGCUGGGCCACAAGGAGACAAAACACAUGUUUCUACGAGGGUGGUUGGGACAUACGGUUAUGCUGCUCCAGAAUAUGUUAUGACAGGACACUUGACAUCUAAAAGCGAUGUUUAUAGCUUCGGAGUAGUGCUACUUGAGAUUUUAACAGGAAGAAGAUCAAUGGACAAGAAAAGGCCUAGUGGGGAACAGAACCUAGUGGCAUGGGCUCGGCCAUACUUAGCUGAAAAGAGAAAGCUUUACCAACUAGUGGAUCCUCGGUUGGAACUGAAUUACUCCCUUAAAGGGGUACAGAAGGUCUCUCAGUUAGCUUACAACUGCCUCAGUAGGGACCCUAAAUCCAGGCCUAACAUGGAUGAAGUUGUGAAGAUUCUGACUCCAUUGCUAGAUCUCAAUGACCUUGCUAUCUUAUCUUAUCACACCCGUUUAUCUCAGCAAGGGAGACGCAAGAAGAAAUCUGAUGGAACUCAGCAGAUCACAUACACACAAUCCAAAAGCAUAAGAGACUCACCAAGGAAUCCUGGAAAGCAGCAAAAAAGAUGAAAAGGGCAGUCAAAAUCCAUUCUCUUGGCUGGUUCAAAUACAUCAAAUGAAACAAAGGUUGGGACUUGAGAAUUUAGAUUAAUUACUCCUUGGUUUAAUAGAUUGUGUGAAGAGAGUAUUACAAGCUUGUAUAAUUUUUUUGGGUGUUUUGAGAUUUGUCUGAGAUAGGGGUCAAUGGAAAAGGAAUGCUGCAGCAUUUUCCUUUUUCUCUUUAGACCCUUACAUUUAGAGAGCUAACCAUCAAUUGGAACAUUGCUCACGAUUUGCCUGUGUUGUAAUUGAGAUAUAUCUCUUGUAAUUAGAUGAAAACCUUUUCCAUUUUCAUAUUUUAUUCUACGUGAAUGCUAUCAUAGUUUUUGAGUUCUCAGCA